CUGCUCUUGGCUGAGCUGUCAAAAUUUAGUCAACAAAGAGAGAUUUUCUUAAGACUUUUUUUCUCAGAGGAUUUUAACACAUUUUCGAGGAAUUUUCGCCCAUUUUCAUCACGAAAAAUUCUUUUUAAUACAUCAAAGAAUCCUUUUGCAUUGAAUCCCGUUGAAGCAAUCCAAGGAAAAAGCAGAAAACUUACCUGGAGGAAACGAUGGAGUACGUAAAGCCAGGAAAUCACGUCCUUUACGUUUGGAUUUCCAAAGUUCAGUCUGGUCUGGAGAAGGCUGUCAGUGAGAUUCGUUCCCUGAAGGAUGUGGUCGUGAGUGUGGAGAAUUCAGAUCGCAUCGAGGACUCAACGUACACAAAUUCCACCUUUGACAUUGUCAUCUCACACUGUUCCAGCAAUAGCACAACUCCGGAAAAGUUAAAAUUAUUCCUGAAUCUCGUGAAGCCCCAAAAGCCCGUUGUCUUUGUCUUCCUGCGCAGCGAUGAAUCCCUCCUGGAGAGCUUUGAGUCCCAACUCAAGGAAGCUGGAUAUGUCAAUGUGAAGAAAAAGUCGAGUAAUGUUUUUGUGGCUGAGAAACCAAACUACGAAGUCGGGUCAUCGGUGAAGCUGUCAUUUGCCCAGAAGAAACCACAAGCAGCCGUUUGGAAGCUCGAUGAUGACGAGGACGACGACGAGGUAAUCAAUGAGGAUGAUUUGCUGGAUGAGAGCGACAAGAAGAAACCCGAUGAGGCAUCUCUGCGUGUCUGUGGUACCACAGGAAAGCGAAAGGCCUGCAAAGACUGCACAUGUGGUCUUGCCGAGGAGCUGAGUGGACAACAAAAGGACAACGCAGCAGCAGCUGCUCCCAAAUCCUCAUGUGGCAGCUGCUACCUCGGCGAUGCUUUUCGCUGUGCUUCAUGCCCCUACCUGGGUAUGCCUGCCUUCAAGCCAGGCGAGAAGAUUCAAAUUGCCACUGAUCAACUCAUGUCCACAUAAAAAUAUUUGCUCAACAACGUCAACAACACAAGGCUAAAAAAAACCCAGGAUAAUCAGGCAAAAUAUUCAGGUGUAAUGCAGUAGACGAUAAAAUAACAAAUAUUCCUUUGCUAAAUGUAAUUUCAAUGUGAAAAAAGAAAAAAAAUAAAUCAAUAUCUUAUCGGACAAUUUA